AUGCCGGUGGCCGCAGAGGAGACUGUGUGCUCGCAGCAGGAGCUGAAGGACGAGCCGCCUCACCAUGAACCGCCACAUGACGAGCUCCAGUAUCUGGAUCAGAUCCGACACAUCCUCUACCGGGGAUACCGCAAGGAGGACCGGACCGGAACUGGGACCAUCUCUGUGUUCGGCAUGCAAGCCAGAUAUAGCCUACGGGAUCAGUUCCCUUUGCUUACAACAAAGCGGGUAUUCUGGAAAGGAGUGCUUGAAGAGCUUCUGUGGUUCAUUAAGGGUUCUACAAAUGCAAAAGAGCUUUCUGAAAAAGGGGUGAAAAUCUGGGAUGCAAAUGGCUCCAGAGAGUUCUUGGAUAAGCAAGGCUUUACAUCACGGGAGGAAGGAGACCUUGGACCUGUAUAUGGUUUUCAAUGGAGGCAUUUUGGUGCAGAGUACAAAGACAUUCAUACAGAUUACACAGGAGAGGGAGUGGACCAAUUGCAAAGAGUCAUUGAAACCAUUAAGAACAAUCCAGAUGACAGGAGGAUCAUUAUGUGCAGCUGGAAUCCCAAAGAUCUCCCUCUGAUGGCACUUCCCCCAUGCCAUGCUCUUUGCCAGUUCUAUGUUCUCAACAAUGAAUUGUCGUGUCAGCUAUACCAGAGAUCGGGAGAUAUGGGCCUAGGAGUGCCAUUCAACAUAGCCAGUUAUGCUUUAUUAACCUAUAUGAUCGCUCACGUUACAGGACUGAAGCCUGGUGAUUUUAUCCACACAAUGGGAGAUGCUCAUAUAUACCUUAAUCACGUUGAACCAUUAAAAACUCAGCUUCAAAGAAAACCUAGACCAUUUCCUAAGCUGAAAAUCCUUCAUCAAGUGAAGAACAUCAAUGAUUUUAAAGCAGAGGAUUUCCAGAUUGAAGGCUAUGACCCUCAUCCUACUAUCAAAAUGGAAAUGGCUGUGUAAUGUUGUCCUGUUUUUAAAUAGUUCUUGUAUAGUAAACUAAUAUUUGUUGUUAUGCACUAAAG